CCCACUUUAGAGAUUGUUUAAUACAGUGAAAUGUUUUUGUCAGCGAUGGAAAUGCUAACGUUUUAGCUAAAUGCUUGCCUUGGCUGUUUUGGUGCCCUUAUCAGACACUGUUUAGACAUACUGAAAUGGAGGUUCAGGACUGAGGUGGUUCUGCCAUCUUGAUCCCUCACAUCAGUGGUCAUAACAUCUGCUCUCUGUUUUUAGAUCGCUUGAAGUAUGAAUCAAAGAAAUCAAAGUCUCAUCAUUCAUCUAGUAUGGAGAGUUGCACAGGAGAACAGUACUCCGCAGCUUCAAUGGACGCCGUCUCAGAUGACGCCAUGUUCAGAGACAAACUCAAUCACAUGGGCAAAUCAACAAGAAAGAAGCUGUUUGAAAUUGCCAGAACGUUCUCAGAAAAGACAAAGCGGAGAAAGUCCAAAAGGAAGAUGCUCCUGAAGCACCACUCAUUGGGAACAGCCAACUCUACGGCAAAUCUCCUGGACGAUGUGGAGGCAAACCCCUGUGAGGAAGAUGGUCAGCCCAGAAGAACUAACACUCAGGAACAGAAUGAGCAGCGCCAUGAGCCAGUAGUAUGGCUCCGUCCUCUACUGGACUCUAUGGGUACAGUGGGCGGAGCCCCGAUGUAUACACGCCCUGUCAUCCAACAACAUCGACCCACCACACCGUCCCUGACCGGCUUUGGCUAA